CGCUCGCUCGCUCUCCCCAUCUCUCGCUCUGUCCCGUUCCCCCCUUCCCCCGCCUCUCUCCGCCCUGCCGCCGCCGGCCCUGGCAGAGCAGGCACCGCAGGGGGAUCUCAAUGUAACACCAUGACAGGCAUCGCCGCCGCCUCCUUCUUCUCCAACGCCUGCAGGUUCGGGGGCUGCGGGCUCCACUUCCCGACCCUGGCGGAGCUCAUCGAGCACAUCGAGGACAACCACAUCGAUACAGACCCACGUGUACUAGAGAAACAAGAACUUCAACAGCCAACAUAUGUUGCUCUAAGUUACAUUAAUAGGUUUAUGACUGACGCAGCUCGACGUGAGCAGGAGUCUUUGAAGAAAAAGAUUCAGCCAAAACUCUCUCUGACUUUGUCAAGCACAGUGUCCCGUGGGAAUGUAUCCACUCCACCUCGCCACAGCAGUGGAAGCCUUACUCCCCCAGUCACCCCUCCAAUCACUCCAUCCUCUUCAUUUCGCAGUAGCACACCUACAGGUAGUGAAUAUGAUGAGGAGGAAGUAGACUAUGAAGAAUCAGACAGUGAUGAGUCCUGGACUACAGAAAGUGCUAUCAGCUCUGAAGCUAUCCUUAGUUCAAUGUGCAUGAAUGGAGGGGAUGAGAAGCCUUUUGCCUGUCCUGUUCCUGGAUGUAAAAAAAGAUAUAAGAAUGUGAACGGUAUAAAGUACCAUGCCAAGAACGGCCACAGAACGCAAAUCCGUGUACGCAAACCAUUCAAAUGUCGCUGUGGAAAGAGUUACAAGACAGCUCAGGGCCUGCGGCACCACACAAUCAAUUUCCAUCCCCCCGUGUCUGCUGAGAUUAUCAGGAAGAUGCAGCAAUAACAUGCUGGUCACAAAUGUGCCAAGAAAUCCUCACCAGCAGUUGCUGAUUUUGAGAACAGCCACCUUUUUCAGGGGAAGCAUUCAGCAACCCUUUAAAGAAUUAAAUGCAUGCUUUAAAAUUUUCUGUAAUUUUGGAAUGAUGUAUCUUUGUAGAGUUAAUGAUUUUGUACAUUUGCACAUGUAAUCAUCAUACCCAUUUUCAUUACUUUGAGAUAAGGUGCUAAAAAAAAAAAAGCUAUAGGUUCUUCAGAACAUUUUUCUCCAAAACAAAAAAUUAGGGGGCGUUGCGUAUUUAGUUGUACUGAAGUGUUGAACAGGAGUAAGAGGAGGAGAGCUUGGCACUGACAUAAUUUCAAGAUUGUAAUGUCAUGAAGACUUUCAAUGCAUCUGUCAAUGUGUGUGCAAAACCAAAACAAUACCACCGUUGUCAAAUUAUAGUUAACAUGCCUUACAUAAUGGAGUUAUCAGUGGGGUAGCAAGUCUUUUAGGUAAUGGAAAUAUAAAUAAGAAAGAAUGUUUAACAUAAUAUGCUAAAAAUAUUUUCAUACUUAAAUAACAUACAUAAAAAGGUGUGCUUGCUGUAUUUUAUAUUAUCUUGCAAAUCUUUUUUUCCCUCUUGAAAUGCUGAAAAUCUUGCCAUUUGAACUAGUAAACAAUCACUUUAGCAUUAGAAAUAACUUUUUUUUUUUUUUUUUUUUUUUUUUUAAACAAGAUGUCAUAUUCUGUUCAUGCCCAUCAAACUUUUGAGGACCAAUAUCCCAGUCCAACUAAAUAUUUACCCCUGAAAUACCUGUUAGAAAGACACUUGGAAAUACUUAAGUGCAAAUUUUUGUGUGUGUGAGAAACAAUUAUCUUCAUCUCAGAUGAAGUCUAAAGCACUUUGUAGUUCUCUAUUGCCAACAGAUUUAAUGUUUUAUGUGUUGCCAAUUCUUGCAACUUACUGUACUAGCAUGUGCCUGUGGUUGCAAAUAAAAAUUAAAAAUUCUACACAUGGUUUAAGGAGGUCCAUUAUUUGUGCUGAGGGAAUUUCUAAUGCCUCUCCUUCAUCGUCAUUGUAUUUUUGAGAUUUUUUUUUGUACAUCUUUUGCUUCUCAUUGUAGGUCACUGCAUUCCAUGUGGAAGCGUGUCUGUUUAGCUUUAUUAAAAAAAUUUUGCUGAAAUAAAUAUGACAUAUGAGCCUUACUGAAAAUUAAGUGCUUCUUGCAGCAGGUGGUCAGAGACUGAUUUAAAACAAAAGCCAACAUGAAACAGCUUGUGUCUGGACCAUACCUGAACAUUUGUUGCUUGCCAUCCUGCCUUGAGCAUUCAUUUUUCACAAGUGCUAUUCUGGGAAUUUAGAUGCCAAUUAUGUAAUUAAUAAUUGUGCAACUUCCCCCCUGCCCCACAACCCUUCUUUUACAGUAAGGGUUAGGGAGGAAUUCAUAGUUUUAAAUACAGGCCUCUCAUUCCUUAUUUCCUGUAACUGCAGGUGCAAAAGAAGGCUCCUGCUUAUGAGAAAUAAGCUUUCCCCUUUAUUUUUUUUUUCUAAAGCUUUAGAAAGGAAAACUUUGUAAAUAUGACGAUUACCUAGUCUCUAGAGGAGUCAAAGAAGUCUCUAAAAUAUUUGGGUCCUCUUAAUAAUUUCUUGAAGUGUUUAUAACAUUACAAUUUAAAUAAAAUAAUACUACUUUUUCAAAUCUUAAAGGUUGACAGUGGUUCUGUUGUACAGUGCUGUCAGCUGAGUUUAAAGGAUGAUCCAGACAUGAGAAUUAGUGAUACACAGAAGGUCCCAGGCGACCAUUUCCUGCCUUCUACAGUUCUGGCAACAGCUCUGGUGAGCAAAUACAUUUUGGCUCUGCUCCUAGUGCAAGAAACUACAGGCUGGGUAAGUUAGUUCAACAGCUAAACAGUCGUAAAGUGUCAUUGUUGCAUGUAAAUUCCUUUCAACUAUAAAAAUGAAAUUCCAGUUUCUAUUUACCUAUUCAUUGUGACAGUAUUAUUAAACAGGUAAAGAUGGGACUAUUUUGUUAUACUGUGUAUAGUGAAUGUAUUGUACUGUGUCUGUGAAAAGUGUGCUUUAAAUUAUAUUUUCAUAUGUUUUGUUGGGGACAAAGUACUUUAAGUUUGAAAGCGACAGAGGUUUGUUUUAGAACUGAAGGCAACUUAAUGAAUUCCUGUCAAGAAAGCUGCUUAUAAAUGUAAAUCAAAUCACAUUUAAAAUAAACUGCCUCUGACCUAAAA